CUGCUUCCUCCUAAGUGUCAGACCUCUUCAGGCAUUCAUUACCUUCUCACCUACACUUCUCUGCAAAAUAAGAUUAUCUGCGAGGAAUGUCGAUUUAUCAACGGCUGCAAAAAUUCAAGAACUGAGAAUGAUGAAUUAUCACCAGAACAUUCUUUACCUACUUCUAGUAUAAAAACAUGAACUACUAAUAAAAUACAAAUAUAUAUUUUACCAAACAUUAACUUUUUAAAAUUAUGAAUAAUGACUGUAAAAUUUUAUGACGUCUGUGAUGUGAAGAUUAGAAAUCAUUGAUGUAGUACACAAUCCCAUCAGGACUCUGGAGGAUGAGCUUCACAAAAUGGAAUUUUAUUAUGACUGUCUUUGGGAUUUUCUCCUUCCUCUUUGACAUUGGAGUAGAUUUGUGGAUUUCAGUCAAAUACUUUCAGCAAGAGCUUUAUCUUUUUGGACUGUUAACCUUAUUUUUUGUUCUUUUGUCCACACUAAUAGUACAAGCAUUUAGUUACUCAUGGUUUGAAGAUGAUUGUGCUGAGGACAGUCAUGGAAGUAUGAAACUUGUCAUUAUUAUUCAUCUUUUUCUGGCAGGAACCUUGCUCAGAUACUGGUAUGCUGUAAAAUAUGGAUAUCAGGCGACGUAUGACCACAGAAAACAGAAACCUGAGGAUACCAAGAAGAAAGCAGUGUGCGCUAUGACGGACCUCAGCAUGCUCAGGUGCUUUAAAACCUAUUUGGAAAAUACACCCCAGUUCAUACUUCAGCUUUACAUACUCAUAGAGCAUGGUGAGAUCACCAUAAUCCAAUAUAUCUCCAUUAUGGUAUCGCUUUUCAGCAUUUCAUGGUCUACAGUGGAUUACCAGAUGUCAUUACGGAAAUCUCUACCAGGAAAGAAGGGUAUAAGUGUUGGAUUUCCUCUGCUGUCCUACACGUUCUACAAGUUUUUCACUUUGACCUCCUGGAUCAUCAGCAUAGUCUUUCUCAUAACCUGCAAUAUUUAUAUGUUUGCUGGCCUUGUGACUUUGUUAGGUUUCGCUGGAUUUUGCUGGGCUUGGAAGCAAGAGACAGAUUUCUGCAGAACCAAGAAAGGAAUGGAAGUACUAUACAGGGUCAUUAUUGGAACAAUUCUCAUUUUUACUUUUUUCAAUGUGAAAGGGUCUAAUACAAGAGUCCCCAUUUCAGUUUAUUAUUUUGUGCGGGUUUUGAGCACAAUAGGGAUUCUGUCCUUGUGUUUCUACCUCAGACCUUCCUUUGCACGUACUUUCAUAUUUGCACUUCUCAGUAUUGCUACAGUUGUAACUUUGGGACUUGGUAUUUUAUCAUUGAUUCUGUAUUAUGCUUGUUUUCACCCCACCCUUCACUGCAUGGGUCAAUUUAAAGGCGAUACAGUGGAUGGGAUCACCUCUAGAGAGCAGAGUAGAUUUAGAAAAUUCAUAAUGCCGUAGAUCUAUUGUCAUUUGUUAACUUCUUGUAUUCUAAAAUCACAAGUAA